GGGAACCGCGUGGCAACAAGAUGGCGGCGCCGCGGGACGGCUUGCUGGCCCUGCGUGAGAGUUCCUGACAACUGGAAUCUAGAAGGAGAACUAUGAGUUCACCUUUGGCUUCCCUUAGCAAGACCCGGAAAGUGCCCCUGCAGUCGGAGCCUGUGAAUCCUGGGAGGCGAGGGAUACGCAUCUAUGGAGAUGAAGAUGAGGUGGAUAUGCCAAAUGAUGGCCACGGCUCAGAAGACAGGAUCUCUGCCCCUUCCUGCUAUGGCAGCAUAGGUGCUCCUGUGAGUCGGGAAGCCCCUGCGUUCCAUGACCCGGAUCUGAUAGCCUCCAUGACAAGGAAGUUGCAGGACCUGGAGCGACAGCUGAAGGCCCAGAAUGAUGAGAUACUGUCCAAGGAUCGGAAGAUAUCGGCCCUGGAGGACCUGGUGCAGGCCCUCCAGCAACACCCCGUCGAGGCGACCCUGCAGCGGCAGGAGGAGCUGGAGACCAUGUGUAUGCAGCUGCAGCGGCAGGUCAGGGAGAUGGAGCGCUUCCUCAGUGACUAUGGCCUGCAGUGGGUGGGUGAGCCCAUGGACCAGGAGGACUCAGAGGGCAAGAAAGUCUCUGAGAAUGGUGAGAGGGACUGGAUGACAGCCAAGAAGUUCUGGAAGCCAGGGGACUCACUGGCACCCCCUGAGGUGGACUUUGACAGGCUGCUGGCCAGCCUGAAGGAUCUUAGUGAACUGGUGGAGGAGGGUGACACCCAGGUGACACCAGUGCCUGGUGGGGCGCAGCUCCGUCGGCUUGAGCCCAUCCCACUGAAGCUCUACCGGAAUGGGAUUGUGAUGUUCGAUGGGCCCUUUCGGCCCUUCUACGAUCCUUCCACACAGCGCUGCCUCCGAGACAUAUUGGAUGGAUUCUUCCCCUCAGAGCUCCAGCGACUAUACCCUGAUGGGGUCCCCUUUAAGGUGAGUGACCUGCGCAAUCAGGUCUACCUGGAGGAUGGACUGGACCCGUUCCCAGGCGAAGGCCGCGUGGUGGGCUGGCAGAGGAUGCACAAGGUCUUGAACAGGGUGGAGGAGCACCCAGGCUCCAGAAUGACAGCUGAGAAAUUUCUGAACAGGCUCCCCAAGUUUGUGAUCCGGCAAGGUGAGGUGGUCGACAUCCGGGGCCCCAUCCGGGACACGUUGCAGAACUGCUGCCCAUUGCCUGUCCGAAUCCAGGAGAUCGUGGUAGAGACGCCUACCUUGCUUGCAGAGCGGAGGAGGAGCCAGGAGUCACCCAACAUGCCUGCACCCCCACUCUCCAUGCUGCGCAUCAAGUCUGAGAAUGGGGAGCAGGCCUUUCUACUGACGAUGCGGCCUGAGGACACCAUCGGGGAUGUGCGAGCCCUGCUGGCGCAGGCCAGGGCCGUGGAUGCCUCUGCUUUUGAGAUCUUCAGCACGUUUCCGUCCACCGUCUACCACAAUGAUGCGCUCACGCUGCAGGCCGCAGGCCUAGUGCCCAGUGCAGCGUUGCUGUUGCGUGCGCGCCGUACCCCAAAGUCCAGCCUCAGCUUGGGUCCAGGUCCUGGCCUUGGCCCCAGCUCCCAAUAAAGCGCCUGCCCCCCCCACA